GUACGAGCAUCCGCAAAAGAAUUGUAUUUUCGAAAAUGUGGAAAAAAAUAGCGGUUUUAGCCAUCUUGGCUUCAGUGCAAUGCAGUCCGGUGCAAGACAGUGGAGUUGCGGAGAAUUUAGUUGGUGCGGUGUCUGAGUGCAUAGACAGCGAUACGUCGUUAUGUCUUAAGGAAAAAGCGUACAAGUUCACCGAACGCUUGGCAGUUUCAAAGAAUCUGGACAUCUUCGAAGGCAUGACCCUGAUUAAUACCGGGUCAGCCAGGUCCGCUAGGAGCUACGAGCCUUUGGCCGAAGAGCCCAAAACUAGGGAAUCCCAACUCGAAGAGAGGAUCGCCGACAACAUCGGAGACUUCUUGGACAAUCACGUACUGCAGUUACGCCUGUCCGAACCUGAUAACGAAUCCAGAGGUUUAGAUGAGGAAGCUCGUGGCAAGAAGAAGAAGAAGAUCAAGCAGCUCCUGCCCAUCCUCCUCCUCUUGAAGCUGAAGCUCGCUGCCUUGAUUCCUCUGUUCCUUGGUAUUAUCGCCUUCGUCGCGGUCAAGGCCGUCUUCCUUGGCAAGAUUGCCUUUGCCAUGAAUGCCUUCAACCUGAUCAGGAAACUUCUUGCCAGCAAGGGUGGUCACUCUUCCCCAAGCACCAGCUAUGGAGUCCCUCAUCAUCACGAAGAGCACCCAGGCUACAACUAUGAACCAGCUCAAGGCUGGAGCCGUCAAGCGGGUGAUGCCUCGUCACUAGCUUAUUCUGGUCAAUUGAACUAGCUCUUAGGAUAAACGAAUUGUAUAAUUGUGUAUUUAUUUGCGUGUUGUGAGAUAUUAUUUAUAUUUAUGUAUUGUUUUAUUUAUUUUCUGAA